AUGGCGAAUGAAGAUCCAGUGACGGCGGUUAAAUCAAAGUCUGUUUUCGACUAUCUCAACGAUUGGGGCACUGCAUCUCUCCCUCCAUCUCUCCUAGCAACCCUCAUCACCGCUCUUCACGCGCGGCCCCCAUCCCUGCCCCUCUUCAUCUUCACACCUCCGCUGCUGUUCUCGUCCUACCUCAACCUGUCCGGCUAUCCCACCGGCAGUGCUGGCUUAACCGCUGCCUGGUCGGGACUGUACGUGCUGUUGGCUCUGCGACGACGUCAGCCUUUCCGUGGACGGUUCUCGGUCCGAGGGGUCGUGCGUGGCACGGCUAUUGGAUUGGGGGCCGCGAACUGCGUUGCUGGCGGUUGGGUCUAUGCCAAUGGUGAUUUUGAGAAGGACGAGAAGGCCAGAGUGGACAGGAACCGAUGGGGGAACUAG